AUGGCCGCUCGAGACGUCGACUAUUCGCUGUACCUCGUGACGGACUCGACGCCUGCGAUCCUGGGCGACAGAGACAUCGCGUGGGCGGUCGAGGAGGCCAUCAAGGGCGGCGUGGGCUGCGUGCAGCUGCGCGACAAGACCAGCGACACAGCACAGCUUGUCGCCAUCGGCCGUCGACUUCGCAAUGUCACCCUCCGCUACGGGGUUCCGCUGCUCAUCAACGACCGCGUCGAUGUGGCCCUGGCCGUUGGUUGCGAGGGCGUCCACAUUGGACAGGAUGACAUGGAAUUGUCGACAGCAAGGCACCUCCUGGGCCCCCGUGCCAUCAUCGGCGUCACGGUGAGCACCGUUGCCCAAGCCCUGCGCGCCUGUGAAGGUGGUGCCGACUACCUCGGCAUCGGUACCGUCUAUGCUACACCGACGAAGACCAACACUAAAGACAUCAUCGGUACCGCCGGCGUACGGAACAUCCUUCAGGAGGUUGCCCAUGCCGGCCACACCGUCCGGACUGUAUGCAUUGGUGGCAUCAAUGAGUCCAAUGUCGCCCGCGUCCUCUUCCAGAGCGCCGCCCCCUCCAAGUCGCUCGAUGGAGUCGCACUAGUGAGCGCCAUCAUGGCGGCACCAGACCCCGAGGCAGCGGCCCAUAAACUGCUGCAUCUCGUCAAGCGGCCGCCGCACUUCGGUUGGCCAACCGCAGAGAGCCCGCCCUGGCCUGUUGAUGCGCUCCAAAUCGUCGCUUUAGCGGCCGAUACCAUCACUGCAAUUCACAAAACCACGCCGCUUUCGCACAACAUGACAAACCUGGUCGUGCAAAACUUUGCCGCAAAUCUCGCCCUGGCCGUUGGCGCGUCGCCCAUCAUGUCUAGCUACGGACAGGAGGCAGCCGAUCUGUGCAAACUGGGAGGGUCGCUGGUUAUCAACAUGGGCACCGUCACACCAGACGGGCUAGCCAACUACUUGGAGGCGCUCAGAGCCUACAACCAGGCCGGUCGGCCCGUCGUGUUCGAUCCUGUUGGUGCCGGGGCCACGGCUGUGCGGCGCGCAGCUGUCAAGACCAUCAUGGCCGGCGGCUAUCUCGAUGUCAUCAAGGGCAACGAAGGCGAGAUACUGACCGUGUUUGGUGACGAGAAACUGCAACAACGCGGUGUCGACAGCUCAAGCACCCUCAAUACGGAGCAAAAGGCCGAGCUAGUGCAGAAGCUCGCGGCGCGCGAGAAGACGGUCGUCAUCAUGACAGGCCCAACCGACUUUAUCAGCGACGGCCAGCGGACCUUUAGUCUCGAGAACGGGCAUCGGUAUCUCGGCGAGGUGACGGGGACGGGCUGUGUGCUAGGCACUGCCAUCUCGGCCGCCGUUGCUGUCGGCUCAGAGGACAAGAUCGUGGCGGCUAUUGCCGCCAUGCUGCACUUUGAGAUCGCGGCCGAGGUAGCUGCAUCUAGAAGCGACGUCCGAGGGCCUGGCACGUUUGUCGCCGCCUUCCUCGAUGAGCUGUACAACAUCCGCCAGGCCACGGUGGGGGGCGAUCUCGCCUGGCUGCAGGGCGCAAAGCUCUCGCGUGUCCCGUAG